AUGGAGACCAUCACAGAUUCUGUUGGAAAUGUUGAAGGGCAAGAUAAGAUCAAUUUGUGUCAAGUCUUCAAGUAUGACACAGCUUUUGGCUCCAAAUCACUUGGUGGAGAACUUAUCCUUCCCAAAGAUGUCUAUGAACCCUCCUUUGACUACCACAAAAGUCUUGUGAAGAGGAUCAAUGAAGCAGCCAUACAAGAGGAUACACAAAUCAAAGUGAUCAAAACAGAGAAGGUUGGUGAAAGGUACAAUGUUUACAUUGGCUGCAAGUACUCCACGAGUUAUAGAGACAAGAUCGCUUACCAAGGAAAAGAGAACGCAAACAGCAAAGCCGCUGAUCUGUACAAGGACAACAUUCGUGUGGACAGACUUGUGGACAAAGAUGCAGCCAACCGCCAUCACGGCAGAAGCGAAGCCAAGAGGACUUAUACUCAGCUCCCACCUAGGAGCUCACUGGAGCAAAAGUAACUGCUGCGCAAUUGGAUUACAACAGGAAGAAGGUUGAGGGUCGCAAUCCCAAUAGAGCACCAAAAACACAGGCUGAGGAAUUGAUUCAGAUAGAUGUCGGUACCGGUAGGGUGCCAUUUAUUUGGUUUCGAUUGCUCUUCUGUGCAAGCAAACAACCACCAGCUAGAUUUGCCGUUGUACAAAGAAUGUUCUUUCUGCGAAAAUGUUGCCGGCGAGGUGCUCACCUCACUUUGACGGAUUGCUUCCUCAUUUUUCU